UGAGUCAUUCUGACAUUCCCCGAGAUCUCCAUGAACGCGAGAGACACACACACACACACACACACUGCAUCCAGGGAAGAUGGCCCAAGGAGACAUCUCCCUCUGUUUCUCUCUUUUCUCUCUUUCUUUCUUUGAGGAUCGACUUUCAAUGGAGAGGGACGGCUCCAUUGGCCGGUAACGCGUUCCAUGCGUUGUCGCAUCUGACAACAAUGCAUUGGAAUUGCAUCAAACGUGCGCUGCAAAUCGAGCAAGAGCUAUACAUAUAUGAUGAGCUAACUAGCCAAGAAGGUGUCAUUUUAGCAUUCCCACUCACUCUCAACAUUCCAUUGGGGACAUGGUGCCAUUGGAGUGACCCAAAUCCCACCGACAAUCUCAAAUUGAAAGAUCGAACAAUCGGACCAUUGGAAUCCAGGAUCCGUGAAUGGUCGCUCAGUGCAGCGAGUGAUUUCCAUGGGGGAAUGUGGUGGCGAAACGAGGUCACAACUCUCAAGCAUGUGUAGAACGGAACGAUGACGCCUGUUGCGUCUCACACGAUCGAGCCACUUUAACCCCCACCACCACCGGCACCACUUAUUUUCUUACUUACGUACAUACUGACAUACUUAGUGUGCGCGUCAAACCAGGCAUCAGAACAACCCAAAUCAGCCGAUCGGGGACCUCAUUAAAACGCAGAGGCAUUUCGCUUGAAUUUCAUACAGUCCACAAAUUGGCAAGUGUUGUUGUUACUGCAUCAUCAGCAUCGUCAUCAUCAUCAUCAGCAGCAGCAGCAGCAGCAUCGACAUGAAUUCAGUGGGACGAAAGUGCACGGUGUAACCAGAAUCAGUGCACUCCUCAUUGGCCAUAAGUCAAGUCAUGACCCAACUGGUCUUUCUCGGAGUUUGUAUGGCCAUUAUUUGUGGCAUGUCUGCCCACGCCUCGCCCUUGGGUGUGUUCGCCAAAGACGACCUGAACACCUUGGAUCAUCAGGCGGUCAUGUCUGGUGGACUUCAGAAGCGCCACCUGGGCGGACAGCCUUCCUUGUCCUUGUCGGGAUCGGCGCCCAUGGACGACUCGUCAAUUCUGCCCUUCCUGGGGAAACGCUCUUUGGGACAGGGUGAAGACAAACAGAAGCGAGAUCCCACGGUCUUACUUGAUAGGAUCAUGUUUGCCCUGCAAAAGGUCAUGAGUGAGAAGGAGAAGGAGGUGCAAGCGACCCAGGCCAAGUUAGGCCUCCGCACUCCUCUCCCAGAGGGAGCCUCGGCCCACCCAUCUAACAAGCAGGAUUUGUUCAAGGAAGAAAGCUCGGUAACGCCCAACAACAUUGUGGCCUUUUCGGGGAGCGGUUUGGAACGACGAGGCAAUAGCCACGGGAAAGUCUAUUGGCGCUGCUAUUUCAACGCCGUCUCUUGCUUCUAAACUUGAGAUUUUGACGAGCGAACACCUUAAUCAUCAUUUAACCGUUAACCAAUCAAUGCAUUGUCAGGGAUGAAUAAAGUUUUUAGUGUUUUCUUGCA